AUGGAUGAGUCCUCUGAAACUCCAUAUACAUCGCUACGACAAUUAUCAAGUAUUCUAGCUAAUCAAUCAAAUAAAUCAUCAUCAGUACUAAAGACAGCCUUUUCUGCGCGAAAAACACCAAUAUCAAGGGAAAGGUAUGGACCAAGAACAGGACAGACACCUCAUAGUAUUACAAAGAACCCGCCAACACCUUAUACUGCACGGGCAUUACAGAAAGCAGCAACACCUCAUUUACAUUUGAAAAAGAAGAAUGAACACCAAACGUUCCAUGAUACACCUAGGGAUAUUCUUAGAAAACUGAGUAGAGCAUUGCCAUCUUAUUUAGAAAAAAACAGGACAAAUGAUUAUGGAUUGGAGGAUGAGUUUAGGAAUAUGUAUGAUAUUGAAAAUAUAGAAGAAUCAGAAGAGAAUAUGGAAGCGCCAAAUAUUAAUAUUCCGAGUUCAGAAGAUGUAUCAGAAGAUUUUUCUCCACCUCAUCUUUCAAUUCCUUUAGAUCAAGAACAUACAGUACAAUCAAUAGAACUUGGUAGAAGAGCUAAUAUAAAACGAUUAAGCGAUCGGUUAAGUCUUGAAAAAGAUAGUGAACAUAUCAGUAUUUAUAAUGAACAAGAAGCAAAUAGUACAUCUUUUAAUGAAUUUACACUUCAUGAUGACGGAUUGUUAAAAUCUGAAAGUUUUUUUAGAGAAGAGGAUUUAAAAAUGAGAUUUUAUAGAAAUGAUACAAUUGAGGAUGAUUCAACCAAUUUAGAAAUUUCAUUUUUAACUGAAAAAAGCCCGAUGAUUACUGAAACAGCAUCGUUUAAAGAUACACUUCCAGAAUUUUUACUGCCAGAAUCGACAAAACCUAGUAUAAAACAAACUUCAAAAACAUCUGUUUCAUCCAAAAAAUCAAAAAUACAAAAAGUUUCUCGGCAUGGAAUUCCUUUACCAUCAUUACCAAUGGCCUUUAUUAGACAACUAGCAGCUAAUUUUACAACAUUAAAAAUAUCAAAGGAUGCACUUAAAAUAAUAUGUUCAGCAUCCGACCAAUUUUUCGAACAAAUUUCAGAAGAUUUAGAUACCUUCGCAGCACAUGCUGGACGAAAAACAAUUGAAGAUUCAGAUGUUAUACAACUUAUGAAAAGGUAA